AUGCCAUCCACCCCCCUUUCUCACCCUCUCCCCCAAACCAUCAAAGCCCUCCUCCAACCCGACAUCCACAGUCCCAAACUAAUCCUCGCCACAAUUCCCACACCCGUCGCCACCCCCGGAACCUUCGAACAUCUCAUCCACGUGCACUCCACCUCCCCCUGCGCAGGCGAACUAACCUGGACCGCCAACCUCUCCGCCUACACUUCUCUCCUCCCCACCCUCUCCCCCUCCUCCGUAACCUCCAAGUUACAAAUCCCUUGCUACGACCUCUCCGGAACCGUUCUUACCGCUCCCCCAAAUUCCCCUUUCCCCCCAGGCACAGAAGUCUACACACGAACUUCCUUUUCCCGCCCCGGAAACGCACGCGCUUACACCAUCGCGCUCACAUCCGAACUCGCGCGCAAACCAAACAAUCUUUCCUGGGAAGAAGCAGCUAGUGUACCACUUAGUGCAUUUACGGCAUGGCAGGCAUUUGCAGGCGUGGAAGGUGGUGAAGAGGGGGGGAGGGUGGUGAGUGUUAAGGAGGAUCCGAAUAAGUGGAAGCCGAACGAAGGAGUGGCGGAUGAUGUAGAGGGGAAGUUUUUUGUUAUGGAGCCGGAAGGGUGGCAGUUGGAGGAAACUGCUAAGUUGAUUGAGAAGGGUCAGGUGAAGGCUACGAUUGAUAGUGUGUGGCCUUUGCGUGAUUUUGAAAAGGCAUUUGCUAUUGUUGAGGGAGGCCAUGCAAGAGGGAAGGUUAUUAUUAAUGUCAGGGACUCAGAGUGA